AUGUCGGACUCGGAUAUAGUGAUCAGUGGAAUGAGUGGUCGGUUCCCACUGUCGGACACCACCGAUGAGUUCGCGAAGAAUCUGUUCGAUGGCAUCGAUAUGGUUACCGAAGGAGACUCCCAUUGGCCUAAAGAUUUAUACGACAUGUCCGGCCGAAUGGGACGUAUCGUAGAGUUUGACAGAUUUGACGCCCAAUUCUUUGGUAUGACGGAGAGUAUGGCCCAUAAGUAUAGCCCUCAACUGCAUAUGCUGUUAGAGUCGACCUACGAGGCCAUUGUGGACGCAGGCAUAAACCCGGAUAGUCUGAGAGGCAGUAGGACUGGGGUAUAUUGCGGUGUCAUUAUGUACGCUAAGUGCGAUGGGUAUCAGGAGUACGCACAGCCCGACCACAGGGCCAGUCUCAACGAUACGAUGAUGGAGUCCAUCAACGGCGCCAAAGCCUUCUACGCGGCCCGCAUGGCCUUUGCCUUUGACUUCAAGGGCCCGGCUAUUAUCGUGGACACCGCCUGUUCAUCCAGUUUGAGUGCAUUUGCAAUGGCCGUCAAUGAUAUGAGAUUAGGGCAAAUCGAUUACGCUAUAGUGUGCGGCACUCACAUGAACUUAGAGCCGAUGAUCUAUCAGUUACAACAGGAGUUAGGCUUUUGUUCGCCGAGAGGUAUAUCCGCCGUAUUGGACGAGUCGGCCGANUGA